AUGACUUCAUCUCAGGUUGGAUUCUGGCACUUUGCUCAUGCUUAUGUCCGAGGUAGCUGGAGAAAUGAGGAAGAGAGCACAUUUUCACUACUUGCAAAAUCUUGCCAUGAUAUUGACCUCAUAAAUUACUGGAUGGAUGGGAAAAGAUGUUUGAAAGUUUCUUCUUUUGGAACUCUACAACAUUUUACCAAAGAGAAUAAGCCCACAGGUGCUGCUGACCGAUGCCUUGAUUGUUCUGUGGAGCCCACUUGCCCUUUCUCCGCUAAAAAAAUUUACCUCCAGCGACUAAAGCAGGGGAACACAGGCUGGCCAGUUUCCGUUGUUUGUAGAGACACUACUACUGAUAUUGAAUCACUGACAGAAGCCCUGUGCUAUGGUCCAUAUGGGAGAUGCGUUUACAACUGUGAUAAUGAUGUGGUCACUAACCAGGUAGUGAACAUGGAGUUUGAAGGAGGAGCUACAGCAGCAUUUUCCAUGAUUGCUUUUACAGAGAGGCUGUGUGAGAGGAAGACAACAAUCUAUGGGACCAAGGGAGAACUAAACUGCGAGGGUUCUGGACCAGUCUAUGUAUUUGACUUUCUCUCAGGACAAAAAGUCAUCCAUCCAUCUGACACCUCAAACUUGAAGCAAACUCGUCUGUUAGGCCACGGGGGCGCUGACUACUACCUCAUGGACAGCUUCAUCUCAGCUGUGGCAGAAAACAAUAAGUCUUUGAUUUGCACUGGUCCAGAUGAAUCCUUAGCCAGUCACCUUCUAGUAUUUGAUGCUGAGAAGUCUCGGAAGGAAAACCGUGUUGUCUUUUGUAGAAGAGAAGAUACAGUAAAGAUGUGACUGUAAUCUUUUAUAUUGUAAAAUGCCUACUGCCAGAUAUGUAGUAGUUACACUAAUCUUUUACUUUUUUUCUGUAAAUCUUAAAAUACUAAAUUUUUGUAUGCUAACCUACAUUUUCAUGUAAAUCUUAAAAUACAAUUUUUUUGUAUGCUAACUGAAUGUUUGACAUAGUGGAUUAUACUUAUCACUGUGGUCCUGAACGUUUUACUCAUUACUGCCUGAUUACACCUGAAAAUGAUGUUAUAUGUGUACAAAAUUUUAUUGUAUUCUCUUUGUGGUUUCUGGUGCUGUUCCAAAAAUUAGGCCAGUUGGGAAUAAUAUUGUUAAGUGUUUAUCAGGGAAAAAUUAAAACUAAAUUACAUCAGAUUUUCAGCUGAAGUGGUGACCACUACAAAGUUAUAAUAACGUUCAUAUAAACUGUUUUACUGUAGAGCAGAUGUCCUUCAAGGAUGCAACUGCAGUCCUGACAUAUGGGUUGUCCUGCCUCAGGCAGCCCUUCGG